AUGGAGUUAUAUGCCACGGAAAACACAUUGUCAGAGGAGGCUCUGAAUGGCAUCGUAAGCCUUCCUGUGAUGGAGGUGCUUGACAAGGACCCUACACAAGAGGAGCUCAGCAAAGCCAUUGACAGACUCGCUUGCGGCAAGGCCCAAGGUGCUGAUGGGAUAACACCUGACAUCAUCCAACUUGGGAAACCAACCCUUUUGCCAUAUCUUCACGACCUCCUCUGCCUUUGCUGGAAUAAAGGAGCCGUCUCCCAGGACAUGUGUGACGCCAAAAUCGUCACGCUGUACAAGAACAAGGGUGACCGCAGCGACUGUUAUAACUACCGCGGCAUCUCUCUGCUCAACACUGUGGGGAAGGUCUUAGGAAGCGUUGCCCUUAUCAGGCUCCAGCUUCUGGCGGAGCACGUCUACCCUGAGUCACAGUGUGGCUUCAGGGCAGCAAGAUCCACGGUGGACAUGAUCUUCACCCUUUGA